AUGACGGCCUCCUACAUUGGCCACCCAAGUGAUGGGUCGCACACGUACCAGGACGCCGAGCACCAGUCCUACGACAUGGACAACAAGAACACUGUUCCUGACGAUGGCAUGGAGGCUGAGGCCCUCGCUGCCCACGAGCGCAACCUCCGUCGCGGCCUCACCCAGCGUCACGUCUCCAUGAUUGCCCUUGCCGGUGCUAUCGGUACUGGUCUCUUCCUCUCGCUUGGCGGUUCCAUCGCGACUGGUGGCCCCCUCGGCACGCUCCUUGGUUACUUCUUCAUUGGUCUCAUUGUCUGCUGCGUCCAGUACGCUCUUGGUGAGGUGACCGCCUUUGUCCCCGUCACCGGUUCGUUUGUGCGCCACGCCGAGCUCUUCUGCGACCCCGCCCUUGGCUUUGCUCUCGGCUGGAACAUUGUGUACGGCAACUUCCUCUCGGUCCCCUCCGAGAUCACUGCCAUCUGUGUCCUGUUCGGCUUCUGGACCGACGUCACCGACGUUGCGUGGAUCCUCGUCUUCAUCUUCCUCACUGCCGUCGUCGGCUGCCUCCCUAUCAGGUACUUUGGUGAGGAGCUGACCCCCCUCUCCCAGAUGGAAUUUGUCUUCGCCGCGCUCAAGAUCAUGCUCGUCCUCGGUGUCAUCCUCAUGGGUCUCAUCAUCGACCUUGGAGGUGUCAAGGGUGUCGACCGUAUCGGCUUCCGCUACUGGAAGAACCCGGGACCCUUUGUGGAGCAGUAUGCUACGGGCUCGCUGGGCAACUUCCUCGGCUUCUGGUCGGUGCUCAUCAACGCCGUCUUCUCGUUUGCCGGUGUCGAGUCCAUCGCCAUGGCUGCUGCCGAGACGCGCAACCCCCGUGUCGCCAUCCCCAAGGCCUGUAAGCGUGUGUUUGCCCGUGUGACCAUGUUCUACAUCCUCGGCGUGCUCGUUGUCGGCAUGCUCGUCCCCUCCAACGACCCCAACCUCGGUGACGACUCGGGAACCGCCGCCACCUCGCCCUUUGUCCUCGCCGCCCAGAACGCCGGUAUCAAGGCUGUCCCCUCGAUCGUCAACGCCGUCGUCAUCACCUCGGCCUUCUCGUCGUCCAACCAGGCCCUCCUCGCCGGUACCCGUGUCCUCUACGGUCUCGCCCUCAAGGGCCACGCCCCGCGUCUCUUCACCAAGACCACCAGCUGGGGUACUCCCAUCUGCUGUGUCGCCAUCUACGUCUGCAUGUCGUUCCUCUCGUUCAUGGCCCUGUCCGACGGCGCCAUGACCGUCUUCUGGUGGAUGGUCGACCUUGUCGGCUGUGGUGUCCUCAUCUCGUGGUCGGCGGUCCUCCUCAACCACGUCCGUCUCCGCUACGCGCUCCACAUCCAGGGCAUUGACGCUCGCCGUCUCCCGUGGCACAACUCGUGGACCCCUUACACCUCGGCCAUUGGUCUCUUCUUCUGCCAGCUCCUCCUCCUCACCAACGGCUACUCGGUCUUCAUCAAGGGCAACUGGUCCGCCGCCGGCUUUGUCACUGGCUACCUUGACAUUGCCCUCAUCUUCGUCGGCUUCUUCGGCUGGAAGUUUAUCAAGAAGACCAAGUGGGUCACCCUCGCCGACCUGCCCCUCGACGACAUCCUCGUCGCCAUCGAGCUCAACCCGGACGAGGCCGAGCUCCCCUCCACCGGUUACAUCCGCUACAUCUCGUGGCUCUGGGACUAG